ACCGGAGUCACCGUCGUGGAGCGAGCUGAGGCCUGAGCCAAGCCGAGGCCAGACCACGUCCACAAAUGCCGCCGCAGAACGGCGCGUGGGUGGCGGAGGCGCAGGCGCAGCGGGGGACGAAGCAGCCGGCGGCGCGGGGACGGCGGCCCGGCGCGGCGCUGCUGCUGCUCCUCCUUCUCCUCCGCGUGGGCGCGCUGUGCGCCUCCGCGGCCGCGGCCGCGCUCGCCGCCGCCGCCACGCCCCGGCGGCGCGCGCCGUUCCGGUUCCUGCUGGCGGCCGACGCCAUCGUGGCUGUCUACUCGGCGCUGGAGGCCGCCGCCGCCGCGUGGGAGGCGGCCCGGGGAGCCACGCCUCUGCCGGAGGCCGUGCAGCUCUGGUUCGACUUCGGCCACGACCAGGGCUUCGGCUACUUGGCGCUGGCCGGGGCCGCUGCGGCGGCGCGGGACGUGGCAGGGUGCGGCCGCGGGCGGGAAGGAUGGACGAGCGGCGGCGGGGGCGCGGGCGCUGCGGCGUGCGUCCGGGCCGACGUCGCCGUGGGGCUCGGCUUCGCGGGCUUCGCCUUCCUGGCACUCGCCGCGCUCGUCACCGGCUUCCGGCUCGCCUGCUUCCUCGCCACCGGCUCCCGGUUCCCGCCGACGCAACCGGCAUCCUACUGACCGGCUGGUGGUAGCUUCGGCAUCGGAGCACUGACAAUGUACUGGUCGUGCGCGCGCCAGCGUGCGUGCUUGUGCUUGUGCGUGAACGGCGCGUGGUAGGGUGUGGAACCUUGGCACCAUCACGAGAAUGCAAGCCUAAGUUAAAACUUAGGGCCUAUUUGGUUCGUUUAGUCUAGAGACUAAAUUUUAGUUGAGGGACUAAAGUUUAGUAAAUAUCAUUUUUAGUUCUAGAGAUUAAGGGCUUAGAGAUUAAGGGCUUGUUUGGUUCGCUACCUAACUUGUCAUAUUUUGCCUAACUUUUCUGCCUAAGGUUAGUUCUUCAAUUCGAACGAUUAACCUUAGGCAAAGUGUGGCGCAAUUAGCCACAAACCAAACAGGCCCUAAGAUAAUGUUUGGUUCCUUUAAUCACUAGGCUGACUAAAGUUUAGUUGCUAAAGUACCCCGUUUAGUUUCAGUGAGUAAACCGGACUAAAGAGCAUUAAUUGUUGUGAAUAAUGAUUGUAUUACCCCUAUUAAUUAGUGAAUGUUUGCUGCA